GCUCCUCGCAAGAUGAGGAAUCAGAGGCUCAGAGACAUGAAGUGACCUCCCCAAGGCCGCACAGCUCGUUCGUGGCUGAGAUUAUAUUGCAGACCUGGAGAGUCCGGUUCCAAGUCAGUGCCAGGCCACUAGAGGUGCCAGCUGUUUGGAACUGAAACAUGACAGAAGGGGAAGCGGAGAGUGAGGGCCAGGCCCCUUGGGGGCUGGUGGCCAGAGGACUGCUGAAUCUGUACUGGGUGCUCAGCUGGGUCUGUGUGCUGCUGAUGGUGGAGACAGUGUCGGGGGCCGGGGGCCCAUCUGCAGGGACCCGCAUUAGCUCCCAGUUUCCAGCCUCGGGUGUGAACCAGAGCCCCGUGGUAGACUGUCGAGAAGUGUGUGGCCUGAAUGCCUCUAGCCGCUGUGAUUUCGUCCGCUCCAACCCUGACUGCCGCUGUGAAGGGGGCUACCUGGACUACCUUGAAGGCAUCUUCUGCCACUUCCCACCCGACCUCCUCCCUCUGGCCGUCACUCUCUACGCUUUUUGGCUGCUCUACCUGUUUCUGAUUCUGGGAGUCACCGCGGCAAAGUUUUUCUGCCCUAACUUGUCAGCCAUUUCGACCACACUCAAGCUUUCCCACAAUGUGGCUGGCGUCACCUUCCUGGCGUUUGGGAACGGGGCACCGGAUAUCUUCAGCGCCCUGGUGGCCUUCUCAGGUCCGCGCACAGCCGGCCUGGCCUUUGGGGCACUGUUUGGCGCAGGCGUGCUGGUUACCACCGUGGUGGCCGGUGGCAUCGCCAUCCUGCACCCCUUCACAGCAGCCUCGAGGCCCUUCCUCAGGGACAUCAUUUUCUACAUGGUGGCCGUGUUUCUGAUCUUCACUGCACUCUACUGCGGCAGGGUCACACUGGCAUGGGCCCUGGGUUACCUGGGCUUCUACGUGUUCUACGUGGUCACUGUGGUUCUCUGCACUUGGAUCUACCAGUGGCAGCAGAGGAGAUCCUUGGUCUACUCCGUGCCAGGUACUCCAGAGGUGCUGUCAGGUUCCGAGGAGGAUCGGGUGUCUUCUAAUACCAACAGCUAUGACUACGGUGAGGAGUACCGGCCGCUGUUCUUCUACCAGAAGACCACGGCUCAGAUCCUGUUGCAGGCCCUCAACCCCCUGAAUUACAGGAAGUGGAGGACCAAGCCAGUGUACUGGAGGGCCCUCAAGGCGUUCAAGCUGCCCGUGGAGUUCCUGCUGCUCCUCACUGUUCCCGUCAUGGACCCCGACAAGGAGGAUGGGAACUGGAAGCGGCCCCUCAACUGCCUGCACCUGGUCAUCAGCCCCCUGUUCUUGGUCCUGACCCUGCAGUCGGGGGCCUAUGGCGUCUAUGAGAUAGGUGGCCUCUUUCCCGUCUGGGCCGUGGUGGUGAUCGCAGGCACAGCCUUGGCUGCAGUGACCUUUUUUGCCACAUCCAACAGUGAGCCCCCCAGGCUUCACUGGCUCUUCGCUUUCCUGGGCUUCCUGACCAGCGCCCUGUGGAUCAACGCAGCUGCCACGGAGGUGGUGAACGUCUUACGGUCCCUGGGUGUGGUCUUCCGGCUGAGCAACACUGUCCUCGGGCUCACGCUGCUGGCCUGGGGGAACAGCAUUGGAGAUGUCUUCUCAGAUCUCACGCUGGCCCGCCAGGGCUACCCGCGGAUGGCGUUCUCGGCCUGUUUUGGUGGCAUCAUCUUCAAUAUCCUGGUGGGCGUGGGGCUGGGCUGCCUGCUCCAGAUCUCCAGGGGCCACGUGGCGGUGGAGCUGGAGCCUGAUGGACUGUUGGUGUGGGUCUUGGCUGGCACCCUAGGCCUCAGCCUCGUCUGUUCCCUGGUCUCGGUCCCACUGCAGUGCUUCCAGCUGAACAGAGUUUACGGCUGCUGCCUGCUUCUCUUGUACUUGACCUUCCUCCUGGUGGCCCUGCUCACUGAGUUUGGAGUGAUUCACUUGAAAACUGUGUGAGUGAAGCUGUGUCGGGGUCCGCCUGGUGGUCGGGAGGUGUCGCUGCAGGCGGUGAGAUGGAGGAUGAAGUUUCUUCGUUCGAACCCGCUCAGGCGAGCGUGGCCAAGGCCGAGACCGUGAACGGGGUGUGCGCUCGUGGGGCUGUGCUCUCUGCUAAAGCUUCCCAGUCGCCGCUGUGUGCAGUUAGGUCAGCUAAACCUUGUUUCUGGGGCUGCGGAGGCUGGGCUUCCCUGUGGACAGAGUUCCAGGCAGCAGGUAGACUUCCUUGCGUUAUCUCCAGAGCCUCUUGAAAGUUGGGGUCUGGGGAGAAGGGGAUGCCUGGGUGCCUUCCAGGCUGGAAGACCCCAAAGAGUUCAGGGCUGGAGACAGUUGUGGAGGCCCAGGCCCCUCCCCACAGUCACGCCCUGUCGCCUUCCUGCUGCUUCUCUCAGGGCUGCCAAACCCGUGUUUAGGGAGUCAGGGUGACUCGGACCUGGCAGAUAGAACGGCUUGUGUGCUGUGGGCCUCGGGCCGAUGCGGGCUGAGUUCUAGAGCUGCGCUGUCCAACAGAAAUAGAAUGCGAGACAUGUACCUAAUUUUGAAUCUUCUAGUCGCCACGUUAAUAAAGCCAAAAGAAAAAGGUGAAAUUAAUGAUAAUAUAUAUCACUUCAAGAUAGCAACCAGUGGCACUGGCCCACGAGUGGCUGCCGUGUCGGACAGCACAGCUCUAGGCUGCCUCUAGAACGGUCUGCUGGCUUCAGAGGCUUCCCCAGACGCAAAACAGGAGCCAGUUUGACUGUGCCCUGUGCCUACCUCAGGGGGAGCCCUGGGCUGGGGCUGCUUUGCCUGCGAACUCCUGGGAGGGUGAUGAGCGCUCCCGGGCGCCUUCCUGCUGUCAGCCAGUGACCCGCCUUUUCAAUAAGCAGCGCUUCUGUUUGCUCAAUGCCUUAUGCCGGCAGUAAAGGGACUCAGUUGUCUUUUUUUCCAAUGAAAAAAUUAUUAAAUGUUUCAAGUAAACAGAAAACAACAUACAGCCGGCUGUUACUGGUUCUUCCUAACCUGGGUCAGGCUGACAAGUGGUCGGUUCCAGGGCCGAAGGCGCUUGGCCCUGACGGAUCUGGACUUGGCGGCACGUCUAGGGGUGGGGCUGAGGUGGGGUCAGGAAUGGGCAUGGAUGGGUCCUCUCCCUGUUCCCCACGAUCUCAGAAGCCACCGAAUGGUGCCUGGUGGAAGUCACGAGGCAGCAGCCGCGUGUACAAAGCAGAGGCUCUUUUAUUAAUACGCCAGAAAUCCGGAGACGCGGUGGGUUUUCCAGGUAACAAAUCCCCAUUGUACAAAAACCUUACAGCGUCGCCCCCUCUGUCUGUACAAAAUGAUUGUCACGUGGUGUGGAGUAAGGCUGGGUUGGGGGAGGGAAGCAAGGAGGAGGGGCCAGAUGGUGUCCCCCCGAAAGCGGGGCAGGGGCCCAGGGCCAUCACAGACACUGACAGGUGGUGUGACCCAGACCCAGUCAGCGCAUCUCACCUUGGUGGUGGUCAGCUGACGUGGGAGGUGAGAGGGCAUCCGAGCUGGAUGUCCUGGGUUCCCAGAGCUCACAGCCCUGGGUGACACCCGCUCCCUGCUCGAUGGCCUGUGUACAAGUCGGAGGGUCAACUUGAGGAGGCCCCCAGUGACCCCGAAGGGGCAGCUGUCCUUAGCCUCAGUAAUGAGGGUGCCCACCAGUGGCUGGAGUCUGGUGCCUCAGCACUGUUGCCACUUGGCUUUCAUCCCGUCCCUGGCUAACACCAGGGCCUUUCACAGGAUGGGGUUGAGAGGCCUGGACUAGAUCCCACUCUUCCAGGUACCAGCCUUCACCCUGGGGGCUGGGGGGCUGCGCUCAGUUUCCCUGGUGCCCCUCCCAGGUUUUAGCCUCCUGGGGGCAGAUGCUGAGGUCGGGGGACUCACGCCCUCCUCUGGAAGCCGCCCCUUGACUCCUGCUUCCAGAAUGCCCGUUUCAAUAAACAAAAGCUGAAAGGCACCCAAAUAUGCAAACAAAGUUACUUCUCCGGAGCGGGGAAGGGGUUCUGGCCUGGGGCUCGGUGCCGAGCUGCCUGCGAUGGCCCGUGGCCCUCCAGAGAGAAAAGAGGACGUCUGUCUCCCGAUUCCCUUGGGGAAUCUCAGUGGUUCUCAGUGAUUCAUUGUUUCCCUAAAGGGCUGUGCUUUAAAAACAGAAACGUCCACCACUUCUCCCCUAGUGAGGGGCAGAGCUGUGUGGUGCUGGCCAUGGGACCAGCCCAUCCAAGGCCACAGUCGAGAAGACUUGGCUGUGGGGAUGGGGUACCACACCCCGGGAUCAGGCCCUGCCCGGCUGGGAAGAGGAUGUGGCGAGGGGGAGUUUGCCCACCCGCCUCCCUAAGUCACGGAGGCAGUGGAGGCAGCUGGAAAGCGGGGGUUGGGGCAGGAUGCCCAGUGCAGGCCGCUUCCC